UAUAAGCGGUAGAGGUCAGAGGUCGCAGGUACGAGCCCCUCGAGAAAGAGAGUUCUGGCGGGCAUCGGAUCGUCUACAUAUGCGGACAGUGGGCCACGCUUGGUUCCAGAACUCCCGAGUGCUGGCAAAUCUCAGAAAAACAGAAGAAUAGCACCCCCGCCCCUCUAUAUAAAGAUAUUGAGGCCAACUGUGCGAUUAAAAUUGUUAUGGGACUGCCAGUGAUGCGUCUGUGAUCCAGUGGAGGCUAUGAACAACUCGAUCAGAGCGACGGUGAAGCAUACAUAAGGAGGAUCUUCGUUCGUAACACGCCAGAGUUUCAGCGAAAUCCAAAUAGGACUAUGAGGUGCUCUCACUCGACUUAAGUUACAGGUGUUGAACACAUUCAGAAUCAGUAAGUACUUGCAAGGCUUUCAUGGCGAAGGAUGAGGCAAGUGAUCCUCAGCGAAUGGAGAAGCAAACUCGUCUCCAGAUUCCAGCCCCACUAGAGCUCGAUAGGUUGAUCCAGAAGGAAGAAACAAUAUUGCAUAUGUUGCAUGCUCUGGUGAAAACUCAGAAGAAGGCUUCUACGCAGGAACGUAAGCAAGGAGCUGAACCUCAUCACCAGGCGGAACAGUCCCCUGAGCACAACGAAUCUACAACACUCGAAUUGUUGACACAGCAGCAGGACAAGAUGAUGAAAAUACUUCGCGGUAUGGUCAACGAUGAAGAUCUUGAGUAUAAUGAACAGGAUGGCACCACAGAUGCGGUCCUAAAAAUCCAAGAAUUGAGCUCCUCAAGUACUGACUGUACAUCAAAACGGAAGCGGAGGGAGUUGAAACCAAAAGAUGAGCAAAACCUUGCUUCCAAGACAUUGUCAAGCUCAAGCUGUGGCUCCAUCACCAGAAAGGACGAAGAUUCUACUGUAUUAUAAAUCGUGCGAGGAAGUGAAAGAGUCCAAAUACCUUGGCCAGCUGCUCAUUGUAAGCAUGUACAACCGUCCGCAACUUGCCAAGAGCAACAAGAGCAACGUCCAGUGACUGGCUCAGGUUGCCAACUUGUCCUUCUAGUAAAAGCAUCUUCGAUUCGAUACUGCAGCUUCCACCAGACUGGGUUACAUAAACUACAGUCAGCUUGAAUAGGGAAAUGUCUACUGGAGACAAUGUGCUUCGAAUAAAAGAGGCUGAAGCUAGGAACCUUUACAAAUGUUUUACCUCUGUAAUUGGGAAAGAGCAGUGUUUGCAAUUUCUUGGGCAGUUUCGACAUCUACUGGAGAUCCACAAUCCGGGCAACGUCCAUCUGUUUUGUAGCGUGCCAUCAGUUUAGUAAAUUCACUUUCAAUGAAGUCGG